AUGACAUCGGAUGUGAAGAAGGUCUGGAUAGCAAGUAAAUUCGAAAAGCUUGCCGAGACGGGGGAUUCGGCGGAUGAGGAUUCUCUCUUGAAAGCACUCAAGGCUGGGGAGCCUCUGGACGAUUUGAAGGCAAGUCUUGAUGAGGAAGCGAAGCUACUACGACAUGCUGUUUUAGCAGAAUUCUCGGCUAAGUCAAAAAACUUAGUCGAUCUCAAUAAACGAGCGCAGGAAGCGGACCUGGCCUUGAGUCGCAUUGAAAAGGAAUUGGAUGCGUUUCAGUGCCACUUGAGAGGAGUAUCGGAUGAGAUUCGCUCCUUGCAACAUAGCUCGUCUGUGAUGAACGAUAAACUGAACCAUAGAUUGUCGGUUCAGAAGGAGCUGCAGGAAUACGUCAAUAAGGUUGUGGUAUCACCUACUCUAGUGAAGGGAAUAUGUGAGGUUCCGGCUGAUCAAGAGGAGUACUCAGCAGCACUUGAGGAGUUGUCGUCGAAGAUUGCGGCCUUUAGAGCUGACGGAGGACGAUUGAAAAGUCAAAGUGUGGCUGCUGCCCAAGUCUCGCCUGAGUUGGAGAAACUCAGGUUGUGUGCGAGUCAGAAGUGUAGGGAUUUCCUUAUAACGAAAAUAGGUUCCUUGAGAAAACCAAAAACUAAUAUUCAAAUUCUACAACGAAAUGUGUUGGUCCAUCUGAAAGGUCAGGUUGCUUUCCUCGAGCAACACUCUGCUAAGGGCUUCUCUCAGGUUCGAGACUACUAUGUGACGACUAUGUCUCGAGUCUAUCUCAAUCAGUUCCGCAUGUAUCUUCAAUCUUUGGCUAGAUGGCAGUUAGCGGCUCCGACAGGAAAAAACUUAAUUACGGGAGGAUCUGAGCAAGGUGGAAAUGACGUUACGUUAGAGCGACGGCUUCAGUCGGGAAUAAGCGAUGCUAUUGGAGGCUUUUUUGGAGCUCGGAAGCAAACUGGUACGGCUACUGGCAAUGUAUUUUCGUUGGCUGGCAGAGGCAAGGUGAUAUCCGAGCUGGAUGAGGACCCUAUAGUGGCACAUGCGGCCAUAGCACAAGCUCAACGGGAGAAUGUCCCGCCUCCAAUGUACUACGCUGAAGAGAUAUUCCGUUCUCACCAACGUUUACUAUGCGAUACAUGUACAUCUGAGUAUCUAUUCAUAUGCGACUUCUUCAACUCUGGUAGGAUAUAUGAAGCGGUACUUGGCAGAACUCUGUCGUGGUUUAUGGAUUCUAUGCAGAAGUUUGUGAAUAGCUCUUGGGACUCUAUAGGAAUGCUUUUAAUGCUCCGAGUAGUUGAUCAUUGCCAAGGCCAGAUGAACCGUAGACGCCUUACCUGUAUGGACAGCUACCUUUCUAAUAUGCAUGCUUUGCUCUGGGCUAGGUUGACUGAAGUCCUUCGUACGAAUAUUCUGAGCCUUCGGGCAAUUGCAUCUUCAACAGCGGAGCAUACAGAACCUCCGUUGGCUUCUGCUAAGCCGCAUGUAAUUUCAAGACGAUACGCUGAGAUGACAGUUAGCUUAUACACGUGUUUAAAAGACUGGCCUCAAAUACAGGAGGCUAUGACAGAUAUACUAUGGCAACUCCAUACAGCCUUUCGCUCGGCGUUAGUAGCUUUAUCGAGACAACUUCCUCCUCAGAAAGGCCAUGUAUUCAUCAUCAACAACGCCGACUUGAUAUUGACGAUUUUGCAUGGGGGAGGGGAUGUUGGUAGUAGCUCAUCAGGAGCAGUGCCGGUUGAGGUGUAUAAGCCUAUAGAGGACCUGCUGAGGAAGGACGUUGCUGCAUUCGUGGACAGCGAGCUGAGCAUGCAUUUUGGUGGACUGGUGAAGUUUGUGACGGCGGUCGAAGAAGGCAAGAAUGAGUCGAGUGGCGACUUGAAGGAAAUGGAGCGCUUGGCGAGACACUUUACUGCGAACUGGAAAAGUAACGCUCAGUUGAUGCAGAAAACUGUGAUGGAAAGUUUUACUAAUUUCAAUAACGGUAUGGAUGUGUUGAAGCAGGCUAUGACACAGUUGUUGCUACACUACACAAAGUUCCAGAAAAUAAUCGCGAAAUCAUACGGCUCACAGGAGCAGCCUGACUGGGUUAGAACGAUGGUGCCUAAUGCGACUAUACUGGCUGAGAUAAAGAAAUAUUCGAAACUGUUCUGAGAGUAUUGUAUAAUUUUGCU